AUGCGUCAAUUGAUAAAUUAUCAGGAUAUUGAUCCAAAAAUCAGUAAGCCAGCUACGAAAAAGUUUUCCGUCUAUCUCUUGUACUUAGCUCCCGAAACUGUGGCUCUAUCCAUAUUUGAUGACAAUGUUCCAGCAGAGGUGAAGGCAAAUAAUGCUCAAGUUGUGCUAGAAGCAUACAAAGGUGAAGAAGAGGAAGAAGAAAAAAAUCAACUGAAGAGAGUUUAUUUAAAAUUGGCCAAAAAGUCGCUGGACCAGAAAAUCAUCGGACAAAAUGUCGUCCGACCAAAAGACGUGGACAAAAAGACGUUUGACGAAGUUACGUGUCAAAAAGCAAGAAGAAAGACAGUGGCGCUAGCUUGUAAUGCUGGUAAUGCUGAUGUCUGCGAAAAUCUACGAAAAGUGUCCAAACUCCGAUGUUUUAAGAAUUUCAUAGACAAACUUUAUAUAGAUUACGACUACAAUAGCAAAGCUUCCAUGAACUCAAAUACGUUGAGAAGCUGGAUGAUAGCUAUUGAUAAGAAAAUGCGCCUUCAGCGACGAAAACUUUUGCUGAUAAUGGACAAUGCCCUUAGACACGACAUACCCGAUAAACACACCAACGUAGAAAUUCACUUUCUUCCACCAACAACAAUGUGCCACCUACAACCCCUAGACGCCGGAAUAAUUCACAACUUCAAAUCUAACUACAAACGGCAUCAGCUAGACCAGGUAAUCACUCAACUAGACGAAAGCGGUACUUAUAACAUCACUGAUGCUAUUCGAUACGUCAAAAAAUCUUGGGAUUCUGUGACAUUAUCUGCUAUUUCUAACUGCUGGCACUACACUGGUCUCACCCAUAAACCCGAAAGCACAGACAGAAGUUGA